AUGUCGGCGCUGCUGUUCGACGUAUUCGUGGAGGCGCUGCACAUCGCGGUGAAUGAGGACAGGGAGCAGACGCAUUUUUGGCAGUUUCAGACGGGACCUCCUGCCAUUGCUGAGGCCAUCCAUCGGAGGCGAGCGUUCGAAAAGGAGCUCCUGCAGGAGGUGUCGACAUGGAGCUGCUGGUGCUGCCCAGCAGCGACCUUAGAAGGUCUCCUUAGCCCUCUAAGCAGUGCUGGCGUCUUGGGGGAGGUGGCGCUUGGAACCUCCCUUGAGCUGGAGAUCUCCUUAGAGCAGCACUUGCAGGCUUGUGAAGCUGAAGGGGCGCCUCCCUCGCCGGCCCUGGAGAGCGAGGAGGAGACGUCUCCCGUCUCUCCUGCAGACAAACUGCCACGUAGCUGCCCAGAGGAGGCGGACCCGAGGGGUAAUGGGCACUCAUUGGCGGAGCUUCAUGGAUUUGAGGGGUCCAGGGCUGAAGAUUGGUUGUGUGGCAGACGUCUAACGUGUCCUGCUCUGUGGGGCCCGACCACCUUCGAGUUCACGAAGAGCCUGGGAAAAGUGGACAACACCAUUGCAUUCGGCCGGCGGCCGUGCCUGGCUCUGGGCGACAUCGUGUGUAUGGAGAGGUACAUCAUGAUGCAAGCGUCAAUCCCGGAUUUCAGCGAGUGCCACUGGCUCUUGAGACUGAAUUCGACUUCCCUCAUAUGCUUGCCUUUUCGACUGAUUCCUGUUCAUGUAGAGCAGUGCAACUAUGCAAAUCGGUACAACCUGACUGGCGGAGAGGGCCGCGAUGUCUUCCGAGCGCUGCAGGACGAUCUGGGCAAUUGGUGCUGGGAUGAUGCUGCCUCGAGCGUGUGGAGUGGCUCUGACAGUCGAGCAUCGUCUUUGGAACGGGUCCUCGAUCGUUUGGAGGCCGCCAAGCUCCAAAGAUAUCGCCGCGUCUUUGUGAAGGAGCGUCUGGGUGUGACUGCACUGCUCAGCAUGGACGACGCGAUGCUCAAGGACAUUGGUUCACCAAGCAGUGUUGGUGCAUGGGUCAGUAUCACUCAGGGUAAAGCCCGUGCCCUCCCGCGACUCUUCACCUAG